GUUUUGGCAGAAUCUGAGAGGCGCAGUAGGUCACAAACAACAAUAAAGGAUGCUUUAUUCCAUAUACAUUUUCAACAGAUAUGGAGAUAAUAUAUUUUUCAAGGAAUGGAAACGCACACGCUCUCAAAGGGACGGUGAGGCUGGUUUAGUCGCAGGGUUUGUCUAUACCCUUCAGCACAUCUCGUCUCAGUUAUCCACAACAGGAAAUGGGGGCUUGCGUGCAGUUGAAACACCGUUAUAUAAGCUACAUUACUACGAAACUCUUACAGGCUACCGUGCCGCACUCUUAACUAAAAAAGAGGUGAAUACAGCACUUAUUCAGGGUGUUUUGACCGAGCUCUUCCGCGAUGUCUUUUCGAACAUUGUAACUCGAAACCCAUUCUAUCGUCAUGAGCAAGGAUGCAUGAUAACGGGAUCAGAAUUUGAGGAAAAUUUAGAUGCACUUUGUAGAAGAAAUAGGCUUCUUUGAGCAAAUGUAAAGGAAAAGGCUACCUCAAACAUUGUUGGGAAUGGAACGGAUUCAUUUCUCGGGAUGCAUUUCUGUUGCCCUCGUUUUCUUUGUUGGUUGUGGUUGCGGUGAUCCUUUUUAAAAUCUUUAGCAUCCGUUGCAAAAAAAUUAAAAAAAUAUGUGAUGAGCAAUUCGUCUCCCUCCUCGGAAGAUCUUCAGGCGUGUUUGAUGGACACCGUUCUUUCUGCAUUCUCAAGUAGUAGUUGGGU